AUGGCUAACUCCCGAUCAAUGAUCCUUCGUUGGUCAAUUUUUUCAUUCGGUGCGCUUGUGGUUUUUGUUGUGAUGGUCAAUUUAUUCCAGCAAUACCAGCCGUUCUUGGCGACCUCAGGCAAGAACUACGAAGCUGAGUACAAGACAACCCCAUUGCUCUAUAUUCCACCUCUUGGGCUGGGAACAUGGCAGAUUCCAAAGUCAAAGGCUUCAGCUGUUGUCAAAUUUGCUAUCGAAAAAGGAUAUCGACAUAUUGAUGCUGCACUAAUAUAUGGCAACGAGAAAGAAGUUGGCGAGGGCAUAGUCCAAUCAGGGAUUCCACGAUCCUCCCUAUGGGUUACAGGAAAAAUUUGGAAUGACGCACAUGAACCAUCUUCUGUGCGUCCAGCGGUUGUCAAAACGCUUGAAGACCUUGGGUUAGAGUACCUUGACCUAUAUCUGAUGCACUGGCCAGUCGCCUUUAAGCCAGAUACCGGUCACAAGGAUGUUAUUGACAACGUCAACAUUCUUGAGACUUGGUGGGCAAUGGAAGAGCUCGUGAAAGAAGGACUUGUGCGGCAGAUUGGCGUCUCAAAUUUCAACCAAGCUCAGGUAGAGCAGAUCCUGCGACAUGCCCGGGUUCGGCCCAGCGUACACGAGUUCGAAACUCAUCCCUAUCUUCAACAAACCGCUUUCGUGAACUGGAACCUAGCUCGAGGACUCCGUGUUAUCGCUUAUUCGCCUCUUGGGAAUAUGAAUCCAAUCUAUAAUUCGUCCGAUACGCCCCUCUUACAAGACCCUUUCUUGAUCUCAUUGGCUCGAAAAAACGGGAUAACAGUGGCGCAGCUAGCACUUUCAUGGGGAAUGCACCGGGGAAUAGUCGUCAUCCCUAAAAGUGAACACGAAGACAGAGCUUUGGAGAAUCUACAGGCUCAGCAUGUUCGAUUGGCUGAUGAUGAUUUCCAAGCAAUCAAUGCAUAUGAUCGGAAGACUCGAUUCAACAAUCCGAGCGAUAUAUGGGGAGUACAAUUAUACACUGGCCUAGAUGGCGUUUGA